UAAAAUAUAUAUAUUAAAAUAUAGUCUAUUAAAAAAUAAAUAAACCAUAAGCAGAACAAAAACAAUCCAAGUAUAAGUAACAACAACAAACAAUUCCCAGCAAACACUGGUGAUAAACCACAAAGACCGAGUAACUAAAUCCUCUAAGCUGACAAUACCCACCUCUAACUUGGAACCUCGCAGUACGUAUACCAGUAAAUAAUGAUCUAUCUUAUUACUUCAUAAUAAACCGACCAGUGCACAUAAUAUCCAAUCAAUUGUUUCAAUAAUAAUAAAUUGACAAUUGAUAAAAAAACUAAACAAUAAAAUAAUUUACCAAAACUCACCAACAUCAACUAUAAAAUAUUAUGGCCGAUAAUUCGAGCGUGAAUGAAGCGAUUGUCCAGAUAAAGACCUUGCUGUGGGGUAACAGCGUCAAGGAGGAGGUGUUCAAUCGCUGGGCCCAAGGGUUCAUUUUUUCGGAAGACGAGCCGACGGCACUGGUGCAAUUAGAAGGCGGCCCGUGCGCAGUGCUCGCCCCGGUCCAGGCGUUCAUCAUCAAGGACCUGCUGCUCCAGGGUGCGCCGAACACAUGGAGGGACAUAACCAGCGAUAAGCAGGACGCGCUCCUGGUAAAAGCAGCCUUGGAGAUUAUUUCACAAGCAGCAGACGACCCGCCGUACUACUCGCUGGUCCACAUUGUGCAUGGCGAUGACGGAGACGAGGAUGACAACGACGGUGACGGGGACGGAGAUGGGGAUGGAGAUGGUGACAGAGAGCGAGAGGAGAUAGAACCUCACGAACGAGACUCGGAGUACUUUCACUCCAGGCUCAGGAUAGUUGAGACGCGGAACCUGGAUGAUGUCGAAAAGUGGCUCACCUCCAGGAUCUAUAUGUUCAAGGAGCAGUUCGGAGUUUUGCUGUUGCUCUACACUGUCGUCUGCACCAAGGGUCUCGAGGGGAUGACCAACGAAAUGUCGGAUCCCACUGAACCCGCUAUUGACUCUACUUACGGGUACGGCAGUCAGAGCUUGAUCAACCUCAUGCUCACUGGUCGAGCUGUUGGACAUGUUUGGGAUCAUGAUCAGAAUGUUGGAGGGCUAGAAUUACGUGGAAUAGACAAACAAAAUGCAGUAGGAUUCUUAGCAUUUCUGGAGCACUUGCGUUUCUGUGAAGUCGGGACAUUUCUAAAGUCCCCAUCGCACCCGGUGUGGGUCCUGGGCUCAGAAACACACUUAACAGUUUUGUUUUCAACGGAUCGGCGCUUAGUAUCACCAGAAACACCCGCGGAGCAUGCGAGACGUAUAUUCAAAAAAUUUGACCCCGAGGGAAACAAUUUCAUACCCUCGAACUUGUUGGGAGACGUGCUUGCCGAGCUGGGAUUAUGCAGUGACAAAGAGUACAUUGAUAUAAUAAGAAAAAAAUUAGAUAGCGAAUCACUGGGUAUAAUUUUAUUAGCAGCAUUUAUGGAUGAAUAUUACCCCGAAGAGAUACAAACAUGUCCAGACACUUUUCCAUUGUUGCAUUACAAUGGUUUAUUGCGUAGCAAUCCAGACAACCGUAUUAUUUAUCACACCGGAGAUGCUGUGUUACUCGAGUGUACAGUUAAGUGUAUUUUAGACAGUAAUCCAAUGUUGACGGUAUUACAAACCAAAUGGCCGAGCAUUGAAGUGCAGUGGAAUGGUAACAUAACUCCUAGUUUAAAUUAAUAAUUAUAUUAACUAUAACUGAUUAUUUUAAUGACCUUUAUUGUUGUAACAAAAAAAAAUUUUUUUUUAAGAAAAAAAAAUUCAAAUGCAAAUUAUCACACAUACAUUUGAUUAUUUGAUAUACUUUCAGUUUAGAAAAAAUUAAUAAUGUUUAUUUAAGAUAAACUAGUGUAAGUAGCGACUAUCACAAGUUUUAUUAUGAUGAAAUUAUAAUAAGUUCAAGUGAUUCAUUUUAUUGGAAUGUAGAAAUUUAAAGAGAUGAAAUAAUAAUUGCAUGUGUAACGACUUCACCAAAAGUUCCAUGUUCGCGGUUAGAACAAAAACUCGCUAACGGCACCCGAAUAUUAAUAGACGUCGAUAAUUUUUUUCCAAUGAUCAGAUCAAUGAAAAGUUUGAAGGAAAACGGAAAGUACAAGCGUCUUGACGGCAAAGAGGGAGAAAAAUUAACUAACUAUUUCUACAAAAGGUGUGGAGAGACUGAAAAACCGUUAACUAAAGCAGGUUUGGAAGAAUUGGUUAAUUUUUUGAUUAUGAAUCAAGAGGCUAAAAGAUCGUUACAUCAUUUUACUGUUCUCAACUGUCCAUUGUUGAAACAAAGUCAAAAACAUUAUAUACUAGAGACAUCGGGAAUUCAUCUUUGUUACUAUUUGUUU